AUGAGUAGAAAUACUGAAUCCAUAUAUACGGAGGGUAAGAAGGAAUUACCAGCAUGGAUGAAAACAGAUAAAUAUGCCAAAUAUGGUUCAAGAUCUAAUAAUGAAAAAGGCAGUGAUAAAAUAACAGACCAUGAUGGUGAGAUAGCUGAGACCAGUGAUCAAGAUAAUGGUGAUAGAACAUCAGAACCAGUUGUAGAUAAGUAUGCCAAAUAUGGAGUGGCCCAAGAUAAUAGAAUGGAUAGAUUAAGACGACCAGAUAGGAAAAGACCUAGAGAAAAUGACGAUAGAUAUGGAGAAAGAACACAAAGCUCAUGGGGAGUGAGAGAACGUGAAAAGAAAGAUAUAGAAGAAACAGAAGAAGUUGAAUCAGAACAACAAGAAGAAACCAUUGAAGUGUCUGCUUAUUCCAACAUCAAUGCCACCAAUCCCCUGAAUACAUAUUAUCAAACAUUUCAAAGUAAUAUAAAGAGAGAUGGAAAGGAUUUAAACAGUAUUAUUCGUACACAUUACAAUCAAAGAACUUAUCAAUCCAAACAUCAAGGUCAUAGAGCCAACUCACCUAUCAUCAAAUUAAGAAAUUUCAAUAAUAUUAUCAAAUAUAUUUUGAUAGGUGAAUACAGUAAAAAAGUUGAUAAUGCCCCAUUCAGAUUAUUAGAUUUAUGUUGUGGUAAAGGGGGAGAUUUAAACAAGAUGGAAUUCAUCAAAUUAGAUGAAUAUGUGGGGAUUGAUAUCAGUGAUGGUUCUAUUAGAGAAGCUUUCUCAAGAUACAAUAAAAAUAAGAAAAGAUUUAUAACUAAUCAUAGGGAUAGUAAUAAAUUCAAUUUCGAAGCUUUCUUCGCUACUGGAGACUUAUUCACUCAGCUCGUUCCUGAAAUAUUAGAACCAAGUUUCCCUGGUAUAAUGGAAAAUGUUUUCCCUAUUGAUGUUGCUAGCUGUCAAUUCUCCUUACAUUAUGCAUUUGCUAAUGAAUCCAAAUUGAGAUGCUUAAUAAAUAAUGUUUCCAAAUCAUUGAAAUCAGGAGGUAGAUUUCUUGGUACUUGUCCAUCAUCAGAUUUUAUAAAAACAAAAAUAAAAUCCAUCAAUCCUGACUCUGAUGAAUAUUCUUUUGGUAAUGAAUUAUAUCAAGUAAAAUUCCAUAAAAAACCUCCUAUGGAUGGAGAUUUUACUGAUCAACCAUUUGGUAAUUGUUAUGAUUAUAGUUUGAAAGAUGCUAUUGAUAAUGUGCCGGAAUAUGUAGUACCUUUUGAAACAUUAAGAAAAAUUUGUGAAGAACAUCAAAUGGUAUUAAAAGUUAAAAAGAAUUUCAUUGAAUUUUUCAAUCAAGAAAUACCUAAAUAUUUCAAGAAAUUAAACAAUCAUUUAAUUCAAAGUAUAAGAAGAACAGAUGGGAAAUACGGUGUAGAAGGAAAUGAAAAAGAAGCAGUAGAAUUUUACUUGGUGUUCGUAUUUGAAAAAUUAUGA